AUGGAAGUAGGCUGCAAGGUACAAAAGUUCAAAGCUGGGGACAAAGUGGUUGUGGGAUGCUUUGUGGGAUCGUGUCGCAAGUGCGAGAGUUGCACUAACAAUCUUGAGAAUUACUGCCCGGAACAGAAACUCACCUACGGUUCUACCUACUUUGAUGGAACCAUCACAUAUGGGGGCUACUCUGAUCACAUGGUAACUGAUGAGCACUUUGUAUUUCGUUGGCCCGACAAUUUGCCACUUGACUCUGGUAUGCAUAUUGGGGUGGUGGGUCUCGGAGGACUAGGUCAUGUAGCUGUGAAAUUUGCCAAGGCUUUUGCUGUUAAAGUGACAGUUAUAAGUACAUCUCCUAACAAGAAGGACAAAGCUAUCAAAAAGCUUGGUGCUGACUCAUUUUUUAUCAGCAGUAAUCCUUACGAGAUGCAGGUUAUCAUUAUUUGGAAGUUGGCUGCAAGGGGCACAUUGGAUGGCCGGAAGAGUGUGUCGAGGAGUUCCACCGGAGGGUUGAAGGAGACGCAAGAGAUGCUUGAUUUUCCAACUAAACACAAUAUUACAGCACAUGUGGAGGUUAUUUCUAUAGACUAUGUCAAUAUUGAAAUGGAACGUCUUGAGAAAGCUGAUGUUAGAUACCGAUUUGUCCUUGAUGUAGGAAAGACACUGAAGGCUGCCUAA